AAAUUCUUAAUUAAUAAAUAUAUUUGGUCUUUUGUUGUGUUUCAGUACCAUCCAGAUGUAUGCAGAGGGAGCAAAUGCGGGGUGCAGUUUCACCAAAUCAACCAGGCUUAUGAUGUUGUAAUGUCCAAUUUGAGAGGAGAAUCCAAUGAAAUGGAAAUGGAAAUGUACGAAGCAUGCGAUGAUGAUGCAGGCAUCGACGAAGCAAUGAGGGGAAUGAAUGAUCCAGAUUGGGACCUGUGGGAAGAGUGGAUGGGAUGGGAAGGAGCAGGAAUUCGUGAUUAUUCAUCUCACAUUAAUCCUUACAUUUGAAAUUGCUUUGUAAUUUCUCUCUCUUUUUUUUUUUUUUUGAAAGUUUAAUUUCAAUUAUGUAUUUAGUUAAAUGCUAAGGCCCUUCUUCCGCCUUC